CGGUUCUGAGUUUUAGUUCCUCAAACAUCUUCCCAUACUUCCCAGUAAAGGACAAAGGGCAUUUGUGCCGAGGCUGCACGUCCUCCUUCCCUUUGACCGGGACUCCGGACAGACCUCCGGGAGAUGGCCACCGAGGAGAAGGCCCCCGCCGGGAGGGACUCCAGGUUCGACCACGCGCUGCUCCAGGAGCUGUCUGCGCUGCUGGGCAUAGACGCCGUGCAGUAUGCGAAGGAAAUGGAGGAAGAGGAGCAGCGAGAAAGAGAGAAAAUGCAGCAAGGCUUCAACUCGCGGAUGCGCAGCGAAGCAAAAAGGCUCAAGACGUUUGCCACCUACGAGGCCUACAGCUCGUGGACGCCGCAGGAGAUGGCCGCGGCCGGCUUCCACUUCACCGGCGUCAGGGCGGGGGUGCAGUGCUUCUGCUGCGGCCUCAUCCUGUUCGGGGCCAGCCUGCACAAACGCCCCCUGGACGACCACAAGAGGCUGCGCCCAGACUGUGGGUUCCUGCUGGGCGAAGACGUGGGCAACGUCGCCAAGUACGAGGUCAGAGUGAGGAAGCCGCCGGGGACCCUGAGAGGGGACGCAGCGCGGUACCGGGAGGAGGAGGCCAGACUCAAAUCCUUCAAGGACUGGCCAUUCUAUGCCCAAGCGACAGCCCCAAGGGAGCUCUCCGCUGCCGGCUUUGUCUUCACAGGCAGCCGGGACGCCGCGCAGUGCUUCUCCUGCGGGGGGUGUUUGGGCAACUGGGAAGACGGAGACGACCCUUGGAAGGAACACGCCAAGUGGUUCCCCAAGUGUGAAUUUCUUCAAAGUAAGAAGUCCUCGGAGGAGAUUGCCCAGUAUAUUCAAAGCUACGAGGGGUUUGUUGGCGUCACGGGAGAACAUUUUCUGAAUUCCUGGGUCAAGAGGGUGGUACCCAUGGUGUCAGCUUAUUCCAGUGACAGCAUCUUUGCGAAUGGAGAACUGCGACUGGACUCUUUUAAGAACUGGCCUCCUGCCUCCCCCGUGGGAGCCGCGGCUCUGGCCAAAGCAGGCCUUUUCUACACGGGAGUAAAGGACGUAGUCCAGUGCUUUUCCUGUGGAGUGUGUUUGGAGAAUUGGAAGGAAGGCGAUGACCCAGUAGAAGAUCACACCAAAUAUUCUCCCAAUUGUCAGUUUCUCCAAAAUAUGAAGUCCUCUGCAGGAGCGACUCCAGACCUCCAGAGCCGUGGUGAACUUGCUGGAUUCGCGGAAGCCACAUGUGAAAGCAAUCUUGCGGAUUCAGCAGCCGUUAGUUCUCCAGCGCCAGAGAUGGCCCAGGGUGAAGCGCAGUGGUUUCAGGAGGCAAAGGGUCUGAGUGAGCGACUGAGAAAAGCCUACACCAGCGCCCGUUUCUGCAACACGUCUUUGCUUGAAGUCGCUCCCUGCCUAGCCACUGACCAGUUGCUGGGUUGUGACCUGUCCCUCGCUUCAAAACGCAUCGGCAGUCAUGUGCAAGAGCCUGUGGUGUUGCCUGAGGUCUUUGCCACCUUGAACUCUGUCAUGUGUGUGGAGGGUGAAGCUGGUAGUGGAAAGACGGUCCUCCUGAAGAGAAUAGCUCUUCUCUGGGCAUCAGGAGGUUGCCCCUUGUUAAACAGGUUCCAGCUGGUCUUCUAUGUCUCCCUUAGCUCUGCCAGACCGGACCAGGGGCUGGCCAGCAUCCUUUGUGACCAACUCCUGGAGACAGAAGACUCUGUCACUGAGAUGUCCUUGAGGCCCAUCAUCCAGCAGUUAAAGAAUCAGGUGUUGUUUCUUUUGGAUGACUUCAGAGAAAUGUGCUCAGUCCCCCGCGUCAUAGAAAAGCUGAUUCAAAGAAACCACUCGUCAAGGACCUGCUUACUGAUCGGGGUCCGUAGGAGCAGGGCCAGGGCCAUCCACCGACACCUACACACGAUUCUCGAGAUCAAAGCGUUUCCCUUCUAUAAUUCGAUCUAUAUAUUACGGAAGCUCUUUUCACACAACAUGAUCCGCCUGCGAAACUUUAUGAUUCAUUUUGGAAAGAACAAAAAUUUGCAGGGAAUCCAGAAAACUCCGCUCUUUGUAGUGGCAGUCUGUGCUCACUGGUUUCGGCAUCCUCUUGACCAGUCCUUUGAUGACGUGGCUGUUUUCAAGUCCUAUAUGGAAUGCCUUUUCUUAAAGUACAAAACCACGGCUGACCUUCUCAGGGCAACUGUGUCCUCCUGUGGGGAGCUGGCCUUGAAAGGAUUUUUUUCAUCUUGCUUUGAGUUUCGCGAUGACGACCUUGUGGAAGCAGGGGUUGAUCAAGACGAAGAUCUGGCCAUGUGCCUGAUGAGCAAAUCCACAGCACAGAGACUGAGGCCAGUCUAUCAGUUUUUAAGUCCUGCGUUCCAAGAAUUUCUUGCUGGCAUGAGGCUGACUGAACUCCUGGAUUCGGACAGGCAAGAAGAUCGAGAAUUGGGACUUCAUUACUUGAGAGAAGUUAACUCAUCCCUGAUGGCUGUAAUUCCCUAUAGCAAUUUUUUCAACUAUGUCUCCUGUCACGCUUCAACAAAGGCAGGGCCAAAAGUUGUCUCUCAUUUGCUUCGUUUGGUGGAUAAGAAAGAGUCCUUGGAGAAUAUACUUGAAUCUGAUGACUACCUGAAACACCGUCCAGAAAUUUCAGUGCACAUGGAAUAUUUUAGGGUGUUGUGGCAAUUAUCUCCAAAAUAUUACUUUUCCCAGGUUUCAGAACAUUUACUUGCUCUUGCCAUAAAAAUCGCUUAUCAAAGCAAUGCUCUUGCUGCAUGUUCUCCAUUUAUUUUGAGAUUCCUUCAAGGGAGAACCCUGACUUUCAAUAUGCUUAAGUCACAGUACUUUUUUGACCACCCCGAAAGCCUAUUGUUGUUGAGAAGCAUCCAGUUCUCGAUAAAAGGAAGGAAGUCAAGCAGACUAGAUCUUUCAGUCCUGGAAACGUGUUUGGACAAAUCACAGGCACCGACUAUCGAUCAGGACUAUGCUUCUGCCUUUGAACCGGCGAAAGAAUGGGAGCAGAAUUUAGCAGAAAAAGAGGAAAACGUGAAGAGUUUUCUGGAUAUGCAACUCAAUGCACCACCAGACAUCAGCACUGGCUAUUGGAAACUUUCUCCAAAGCCAUACAAGAUUCCCCUUCUGGAAGUCCACGUGACUGAUAUCGACGCUGUGGACCAGGAGAUGCUCAGGGUUCUAACGGCAGUUUUCUCAGCUUCACAGCACAUCGAACUCCACCUAAACGACAGCAGGGGCUUUCUGGAAAGCGUCCGCCCGGCCCUCGAGCAAUACAAGGCCUCAUUCACCAAGUGCUCCAUAAGCAGGUUUGAGCUGAGCGCAGCCGAUCAGGAGUUGCUUCUCACCCUGACUUCCCUGGAGUCUCUGGAAGUCUCAGGGACCACCUGGCUACGAGAUCAACUCUUUCCUAAUUUGGACAAGUUCCUGUGCCUGAAAGAGCUGUCUGUGGAUCUGGAUGAUAAACAAAAUGUUUUUUCAGUCAUUCCUGAAGACUUCGUCAAUCUCCACCAUAUGGAGAAAUUAUUGAUCCGUAUUGCAGCUGAGCAUGGUCCUUCCAAACUAGUCAGAUUAAUUCAGAAUUCUCCAGACCUUCAAGUUUUCCACCUGCAAUGUAAUUUCUUUUCGGAUUUUGAGUCUCUCAUGACUGUACUUGCUUCUUGCAAGAAACUCAAAGAAAUUAAGUUUUCUGGACGGUUUUUUAAAGCUAUCCCAUUUGUCAUUGUUUUGCCAAAUUUUACUUCUCUGAAGAUGCUAAAUCUUGGACACCAAGAAUUUCCUGAUAGGGAAACAGCUGAAAAAUUUGCCUAUACUUUAGGUUCUCUUGAUAACCUGGAAGAAUUGAUCCUUCCUACUGGGGAUGCCGUUCAUCAAGUGGCCAAACUGAUCGUCCAGCAGUGUGAGCAUCUUCGGGGUCUCCGAGUCCUCUCAUUUUACCAGACUUUGAAUGAUGACAGCCUCAUGGAAAUUGCCAAGGUAGCAAACAGUGGAGGUUUCCAGAAACUUGAGAACUUAAAUCUUUCAAUCAAUCACAAGAUUACAGAGGAAGGAUAUAGAAACUUCUUUCAAGCACUGGACAGCCUGCCACGCCUGCAAGAGCUGACUAUUUCCAGGCAUUUCACGGAGUGUAUCAAAGCUCAGGCAGCAACAGUGAAGUCUCUGAGCCAGUGUGUGUCACGCCUGCCUAGCCUGAUCAGACUGAACAUGUUAAGCUGGCUCCUGGAUGCAGAAGACGUCACACUGCUCACAGCCAUGAAAGAGAGACACCCGCAAUCGAAACACUUAACUUUUCACUGGAAAUGGAUAUUGCCGUUCUCGCCAAUCAUUCAGAAAUAGAAGAUUUAGCUAAAAAGCUGCUGAAUCAAGAAAAUUCUUGUCGACAGUUCUAAAAAUUAUCGAAGAACAUUUUAUUAAAUAUUGCCUACAAAAGAGUAUUUAUAAAAUGUGUAAGGCACGUAAUUAAAAAAAUACUUUGCUUAUGCAUCACCGAGCUUAAGAAAUAGAUUACCAGAGCUUUGAAGUCCCUGAAUAACCAGCUAAAGAUCAGUCCUUCAAUGGAGUUUAUACAGCUAACCCCUGUCAUCUAGGGCCGGCAUCAGGUUUUCAGGCUAACUGUGGCGAGGAACAAGGCCUGGGGAGGGGUGUCGGGGGCGCUGAUCUGUCUUAAAGCCACAGCAUGGAAGUAUUCAAGCUAUGCAUGAAACAGCUAACAAGGUCUGAAGCAGUCCCACACACAGGUGAAAUAAGAGUCCACUGGAUCAGGGUCCAGGGAGGUAUUCCUUAAUCGUUGUCGGCUCUGUUUUGUAUAUUUAAUUAACUGGUAUAGGAGAGUUUACUUAUAGCUUCUCUUUAUCCAUUGCCAGUGUAAGGAAAUAGGAUUUACGGAAAAAUGCUUUUAUUCCAGAGCCUUUUGAGUCAACACUUACUGUAUAAGCAAAAAAUAGAGUAGAAUUUAGAACUACUGGAGAUCAGCUAAAUUUGUGUUUUCCGGAAUACUGAGUAUCAAACACGUUGUUAGAUAACCACGCGUCUGAGACUUGAACAUAUGCAUUUAUAACGGCCUUGGAAUUCUCCUGUGAACCCAGUCUGCGCGGGGAGAACAUGUGUUGUCUGCUGGUGACUCCAUGUUGCUGGAUUCUACAUCUGCUCGUCCAGAACUGUACUCCUGCCCGUUAAGCAGCAGAAUCUUCUGAAUGGCUAGAAGAGCAUUCCAAAUUCAUGAUGCCAAUUAGGUUGCAAAACAACCGCUCUGUACCCUAAAUGUUAUUUUUACACAAGGAAAAAGCCAGCAUGUGUGUAUGUAUGUAUGUAUGUGUGGUAUGAUCCCAUUUGUUUAAAAGGCAUACUCGCAUGUUGCUAGAUGCAUUAAGAAUUUCUGGAAGUAUACCCCAGAAAAUGUUCAUAGUGGCUAACUCUAGGAAGGCAUUCUUUUUUACUUUCUCCCUUUUUAUACUGCUUUUUUGUUUUACAAGUGCCUGUGUUAGUUUUAUACUUAAAAUAAAAACUAGUUUAGCAUUACACCA